CAAUCCCAUAUGUUCCACAAGGGGAGAGGAUGAACAUAGCGAUGGACCCUCCCGGAAUAUUAUCCACGCAGGGAGCGGAGACUGAAAAUACCAGAGUUAAGUCCAAUGUUCUGUCCGGCACACAGCCGACUUCUAUGCAGAAGCCUCCUGAACCUCACCAGGAGCCGGAUGCUCAUAUCCAUAGUUUGUCCAGGACCGGCAAUGCGACAAACAGCAAUUUGCCUAACCCAGAAACGCCCUUUGGGGGCCAACACUGAUGAUUUCUCCUGAUAACACUGCCUCUGAUAAGCAUUCAUUCACUAUUAGAAGCAAGCAUUCAAUAAUGAUGCCGGACCCUAUACCGGAAGAAUUGACGAGGCGUCCCUCGAAGAAGAUCAUCUCUGGGUCCUCUGCCGCAGCUACACCGCAGUCAAUUCGUGUAGCAGAGUCUGUUGGGAGCCAAGACAAAAUUCGUUUUCCCUUAACUGCGGAUCAACCAGAUAUGCCUUCAUCCUACGAGGAGAGCCCGAAGUUACCGAUCAUUGCUGUCGAGUGAAGAUAACGACGAUUUGGAAGACCCAGAUUAUGAG